AUGGAUGAAUCAACACGUUUAAAGAUUCAAGCAUCAACAGAGAAGCUUAGGUUAGACUUAGCAAAGCUUGAUAACUUGAAUAUUAAUGGAACUCAAGUCGAUGAAGGCUUAUAUCAUGAAAUUUAUAAUCAUUUCUUUUCGUUACAACUUGAUUCGAAAGAGAAAAUGCUGACAAACAUUGCAUUAUGGGCUGAUAAAUAUACUAGAAACUAUAAGAACUUUGAUUCUGAUAUGCUUAAGCGAAUUCGAGAAUUUAAUAACGUUCAUCUUGAUAAUACCAGAUCAGAAUUACUUGAUAUGACAAGAAGAAUCGAGUCAUGGGGCUAUAAUCUUAAACAAGCUACAAUAAGUCUUGAACAAAUGUCGGAAAAAUUUCAUGAAUUAACAGAAAAGAUACUUCCAGUGCAAUCACAAUCAAAAAUUCAUCAAAAUAUCGUGACAAAACCAAUAGACUCUGCCGUUACUUAUAAAUCCAAUGACAUUAACGAUGAAGUUUUGAAAAUGUUCGAAGAAAGACAAAUGUUAUUAUCAAACAUUGUCGACCAAUUAGAUCAGGAGAUGACAGAAACCAAAACGAUGCUAGAAAUAGCAGUAGCUAACGAAGCAAAAACUGCAAAAGAAUUAAAUGAUACUAUAGAAGAGUAUAAUCAAUCAAUGAACAUCAAGAACAUGGAGUUGGAAGAGCUUAAAAAUACAAAAUCAUUACUUGAAACUAUGAUUGAAGCCGAAAAACAAAGAAAUUUGGAAAUAAAUCAAAAAUUAGAAUCUUUUAUGAAGAAAAAGUCAUUUCAAAAUGAUAAUUCAGACUCAUCAGUACCAACACCUUCAACAAGUCCUCGGCUAUUCAAGUCUGAAAGAGGAUUACCUCAUUUUAAACCACAAGCUCCUGCAUCACCCAUAAAACUAUCAGAGCAGAGCAAUGUUACAUCACAGCCUUUCUUUAAUGUUCAAGGAUUGAAAAGUAAAACGAAAAAUUCAAAUUUGGAAGCACAAUUAACGCAAUAUUAUGAAAUAUUACCAAUAAAUGAAGAAAAUAUACAACAGGCUUCUGAUAUUCGUGGGAAUAAUCCAACAAAUAGCAAAAUAAUUUCGAAACCCCCUCCAAUUCCAAAGAAACCAGCUGCAACAACAAUAAAUCAAGUUGUCAAUGAUACUAAAAACCAAAUUACAACUUCCAAUCCUCAAAAUAUCGUUGAAAACGAGCAAAUAAUUUCAAAUAAGGAAAAGCAGGUCAUUCAGAACGCCGAACAGACUAUUUCCGAUCAUACUACAACUGAGAAUGUUAGUAGUCCAAUAGAAGCGACAAAUAUUCUUAAUAAUCAGAAUGACACUUCAAAUCCGCCAGAAAUUGAUCAUAAAAUCACAGAAAAAUCAGUAGCUGCAACAAGUGAUGACCAAAAAUCGACAAAACUACCAGAAAUGAAAUAUGUUAUCGAAAUAUCUCAAGAAUUUUCAUAUCAAAACGAAGAAAAAGAGGAAAGAGUUGAAGAUAAUGAUAAAGAGAAUAGACCUACAACCUCUAGUUCACUUCCACAUGAAAAAGUUCUUAAUCAAGAGAACAAAUCAGAAGAAAAUCAAGAAAGUAUCGUAGUCGAAGAACCAAAGAUCUUUAACUCACAAAAAUUUGAUUUUCCUGUUAGAACAAGGGAAUUAAAUGGAUUGACAGAUGAAAUACCGGAUAUAACUCAACAAGUAGAGCCAGUGAUAGCAUUUAAUGACGGAAAUAUCCGUGUUCAAAAGAAAUUACCUGAAUUUACGCUGAUUUCUAAGUUAAUUUUCCAUCAUAAAAUUGAAAAAACUGAAAUUCCAAAAACUUACAAAUUUUCAAAAGAAUAUAAUCUUAUUGCUUCAUGUGAACCUCUCAGAACAAAGUCUUUCCUUAAUAUUACAGCUCAAUCUGUAGUUUAUGAAAAUAAUCCACAAUUUAGGAAGAAGUUAAUCAAUGAAACUACCUCUUACUUUGAGAAUAAGUCAUCUCCAGUUCUCCUGAACCUUUCCAAGUCGAUUGGAGAAAACAUUAUCACUCAAAAUACUCAAAUUUCGAAUGUCCAAGUAUUUGAGCCAUUCGGAGAUGCAUCACAAGUACCAAGAUCUCCAAGGUCUUCCAGGAGAUCAAGUAAAAGGUCGAAUCAGUCAGAUUUUGAAUAUCGGCCUUAUUCUGUUGAUGAAGACAUAGAAAGAAUUAGAUCUACUCGUACAAUAUUAGCCAAAGAUGUUGUUACUUACGAUCCUGUUAUACAAGACACAGAAAGAUUCAGAGAAUUAAAUAAAGAAUUUGCUGCGAUGUGUGAUGAGAAAUCCUGGCGAAAGAAUUUGGGAUUGACAACACCAUUGACGCCUUCGACACGUGGAACAAUAAUGAAACAGAAGAGAGUCCAAAUUAAAAAAAUUGAAGAGACAAAAUUCGCAAAUUAUUAA